AUGACACCAUUAACGACCCUACUGACCCUCCUCUCUCUCCUACCCCUCCUCCAAGCUUAUCCGAUUUCGUUACACCAUCGCUCUCCAGCUCCAAGACUUAUCCCGGAUGUAAGCGAUUACCUCUCGAAAUACUUCGCCGACAUCGGUCUCCAGAGUCUAUACGAGAGCUUCUAUCCAUUUGACAACAAGCACGAUGCCUUUGGCGAUAUCUCUUCCUCUCUCGAUCCGAGCCCCAGUUCGCCUACAUCGCCCUCGCCGACCCCAGAGGCGACUGAAUACUCAAGAGCGAAUGUGAUUCCGACAACGACAGUAGCUCCAGCCCGGAGUUCAGACCCGACACCAAGUACGACCUCAACCACGAGAACGAAACACAGUUGGUGGGCGAAUUGGGAUCUUGAAAAGAUGUCUUCCUCGGCGCUAUCGUCGAGCUUGACUGCUACACCAACGCCGAGUCCGGACCCGAGCUCGUCGAGACACGGUUGGUGGGCGGAUUCUGAUCUUAAGAUCCUGUCUUCCUCAUCGGCGUUGGUAAUCCCAACACCGACAUUGACACCAGUGACCGUGACGCCUGUGAAGUCUACAACGCCGACAUCUGCCACGCCGACAUCCUCGACUGUGGCGUCAGCAACCCCAACUCCCUCUGCAGAUACUGGCAAGGAUGAUGGGGAUGAUCUAUGGGAUUCGUUGUUUGAUGCUCUUUCCGGACGAAUUCGGAAUGCGCUGGAUAGCAGCGAUGAAUUAUGGUUAUCGGACGAAUGA